AUGAUCCAUCCAUCAAGCAGGACAACCUCCAUCUCCGACACAUCCGCCUCGUCGACACGGAGUAUCCAGUGGUUCGACGAACUUUCGCUCUCCCGGGAGCCCGAAUGCGAUGAGGAGCUCCCACCAUCCGGCUCAUCCUCAUCCACCUCCUCCUGCGAGGACAACAACACCUCAUCCACCAGGAAAUCCUCCAACGACAGCACCACCGGCACCUUCCGACCGCGCGAGCCCGCACCCAGCCCUCUCGUCCGCAAACGCUCCAAAUCAACCUCCUCCGACGGCAAGAUCGCAGUCAGCCUAGUAAACCUCGGGCUCUCGACCAAAGGCGGACUCGUCUCCCUCUCGGAGAAGAGGCAGGGGGCACGCCAAAGACACUACUCCACGUCUGAGGCGGCGGCGAUUUCGCUGGUUUUGCGGCGGCCUUACGGGGGCCGGCCGACGCUGCAGUUGUCGAGAGCUGGGACUAUCGACGAUGGUGCCAGCAUGGAUGAAGAGCUGGCUGAAGCCAGCUGGGUCGUGCUCUGA